AUGAAGGCUUUUGUUAUAUCAGGACUUCUGCUGCUGCUCAUAUCUGGGAUGUGGAGGUGUUCUGGGCAACAGCCAGUAUUGGUGGAGUGCAAUUAUCUGAAUCUUCGUGUUGUAGCUAAAAGGGCGCUGUUUUAUCCAGAUGAGCUUGUAGGCCCUGAUGAAUUAUUUCUAGGGACGGACUGCAGAGUGACUUUUGUGCGACCACAUGAAUUUGAGUUUAAUAUUCCUAUCCAGAACUGUGGGAUUGUUGUAGAGAUAGUAGUUGAUAGAACUAUCUUUUAUUCCUGGCUCACCUAUAAACCCAAAAAUUUACAAAUUUCUGCUGAGCUUCCGCUGAAGUGUGUGGUUCCCAGGUCAGUACAAAACACAUGCUCAUUGAUUAAAUUCCAACGGCUCUUGGCUAAAAUGUAUCAUUGCUUGUCCACAAACCUUGAAAUUCAUAACUUCUUUUUUUUUGUUUUGUUUAGUUUUCUUUUUCUUUAUCGGGAGGGAGUUUUCAGAGAUCCCUCAUGAGAUCCUGAGUUUUGUAGCUAUGUGUUUACAGCAUGUCAAUCCAUCUUAACUUUAUUGCAGCCCCUACCAGAGGCCAAACUUUAGGCCAAGAAAGUGAAACAAGUUACAAAGCCAUGAGUGGGUCCUGGCUGUUCAUCCUUUCCACUCCUCACAAUGAAGGACAUGUUGCCAGGCCAAGUGCAUCACACCAAUACUGACACACAGUAUCGGUGGAAAUUUCUUAAGUACACGGAUUGGCUUUGGCCUUCUGAACAACCCAAAAGACCCUAGCUGGGUCUCAUGGCAGUCAUGUAAAACCAGCUACUCAAGAGGAUAAGGAAGACAGACAGACUGUAAGUUAAAGACCUGCCUAACGCUACUCUGAGUUUAAGGCCAGCUAUAAAAACUAAACCAUCUCAAUAUAAAAAGAGGGCCGAGGACAGAGCUCAGUGGUAGAGUACUUACCUAACAAUCACAAUGCCCUGAAAUGAAUCCCCAAGUACUGCAAGAUAGAGGUGGGGGUGGCGGAAGGAGGGAGAGAGUGGAGAGAGAAGAGACUGAAAGUCUAGGUUUCUAAAAUAUUAGGUUUCAGAAAGUCAAAUGAAAAUUAAUUCUACCUUCUAAGUUUUAAAAUAAUUCAGCAAUAAACUACAUAAAAGAUAAAGCUUUAAAAACAAAAACAGCCAACUGGUUCAAAUAGUAA